AUUCAACCUCCUUGAUUCAACCAAACCCAACCUAGCCUCGCCAAAAUGGACCGCAUGAAUUUCAUCCCCGGCAAGGAAGCCCAAAACGAGAUAUUCGCCGCCCAAGGCCACAUCUUCUUCGACCGCCAAACAGCCCUCAACUUCGCCGACGAAUUCAUCCUGAAAUCACCUCCCGCACUGGCAGGCCAACCCGGCAACUCCAACUUCAACCCAUCCAUCCUCUACCAAACCAUGCUAACCUGCCUAAGCGAAGGCGACCAAGUCGACAUCUGGUUCGGCCUGCGCGAGCCCGAUCCAGCCAAUGAAGGCGACGAAAUCGACCCCUCGGGCGAACUAGUCGGCCACACGUGGGCGACGCUGCGCACCGCCGCCGCCGGUAACGGGAGGGAGAACUUGACGUACCUGUACGAGGUCGGCCGGCGCACGCCGCCCCUGAGCGACGCGCAGGCUGUGAGGGCGUUCAAUGCCUAUCGUGACGCGCUGGCUGUGUUCCGGCAAGAGCAGCCGCCGGUGCAUCUCCCCAUCCCCACCAACCUACCACGACAUGUGCAGGAGCCGCCGCGCGAGUGGAAUGGCAAGCCUGUUAUUUCGCGGGCCCUGGCGCCGUCGAAUCUGUACCACUCGUCGGGCAGGACGUGGUUCUUUGUUGAUCUCAGCAUGGCGCAGGGGGAUGAUCCGCACCGUCCGGCGGUGCUGUCCCGGCCGAUGCGGGCUUUUGAUGCCCUCGUUCUGGCCGCUAUCAUGACCCUCGUCAUGAACCGGCCGCCGCUGGUGUUUGGGUUUAGUGGCAAGUCGCCUGAAGGCUUGGGGAAGAUGCCGGUGGCGUUUAGGAGAGCGCACUAUGAGGCGGAUGGCAGGGUUGAGCCGACUGCGGAUACGCCGCUGCUGGUACUGUGACUCGGACUCACGGUAGCGAAUGGGGAAGGAUGAACUUAUGGUAUGGUAUUACUACUAGUACCUACCAUACAGGAGGCGCUAGGUAGUAGACGUGAUUCUCAAUUUGGUUUGAUUUCUCAAAACAAGUGGUUUAGAAGUGAGAAAGACUGCAGUU